GUAAGAAUGGAAACAUUAUUUUGUAGUUGUCACUGAACGUAUUUGUGCCAAUUUCAAUAUUUUUUACAUAGUGUCAUGUUAAUAUAAAGAGGUCGUCGCGCAUGAGCGGCGAAAAGUUGCAAUUGCGAGAGGAGUGGAGUUGCGAUUGCGAGAGGGAGAGCGGCAUGGAGAAAAGCGCAGGCUUCGAAUCGAUCCUCCACCCCCAAGUAUUCAAAGAACAACCGCCGGCCGACGACUCUCUUCUCAACUCAACAACAGUUCAAUUCGAAAGCAAACAUGGCGCUCGAUUUUGCAGCCACUUACAAGGUUCUGGUGUUGGGUGAUUCGAACGUUGGGAAAACUUGCAUCGUGCACCGUUAUUGUGACGAACGUUACUACGAUACUUAUAUAUCAACGAUAGGUAUCGAUUUCAAACAAAAAAUAAUUAACCUGGAUGGAACGCCAAUUAAGCUUCAAAUUUGGGAUACUGCUGGUCAAGAGCGAUUCAGAGCGCUAACAACAGCUUAUUAUCGCGGUGCUAUGGGUAUUCUUCUCAUGUAUGACGUCACUAGCUUAGAAAGUUUUAAUCAUUUAUCCUACUGGCUACGAAAUAUUCAAGAAAACGCCUCGCCGGAUGUGGUGAAGGUAGUUGCGGCCAACAAAUGUGACGUUACCGCGCACAGGGCUGUUGACGCAGAAAGGGGGCAGAAAAUAGCUGAGAAUUUUGAUAUGCCUUUCUUCGAAGUAUCUUGUAAGGAAAACAUAAACAUCGAGGAAGCUUUCCUCACUUUAGCUAGAAGAAUACGAGAGCAACGAGGACGUCGGGCGAGUCUGUUCGAAGCUUCCGAAAGGGAAGGGGCCAACAACAUAGUUAUGACUGAAGAACCGUCUCACGUCUCAGUUUCCGCUUCCGUCACCUCUGGCGAGGCUUGGAGGUGCACGUGUUAGUUUCUAUAAUUGUGAAGGAUACUAUCGAGAUAUGCUUCGAGUGUCGGUAGAUACGAGGUAUUUGGUCCGAACAAGAUUUUAUCUUUCGCGGUUGCGCACAAGAAAAAAAAAAAAAGAGGAAAAAGUAUUUACACCAUUUCUACAUGUAAAUGUAGAAUAAACUCUGGCAAAAGUUCGUGAUAAUUUUAAGAAUUUUUCUAUCAACUGUUGAUAUUCGUAUAUUCUAUAAAUGAACCAAGGAUGUAAUGAUAAGACGAAGAUAAUGUUACAUCAAAUUACCAGAUAUAUUAAAUUAAAUAAAUACAAAAUUGAGUUUCUAGAAAAUAUUUUAAAUAUCCUGUGAUAUAAUUUGAACAAAAUGUGAUAUAUUUGCUAGUUACUUAGAUAUUAGUCGAUUAGUUUGUAAUUGUUUCACUUGUUAUCAUACAAGCUACGUCUAAUUCAUUUUCACACGAGAUACUCUGUAUAGGUAUAUUUGGAUUUCAUUACCGUAGCUCAUGCCAUCUGUUUCUGGACGAUACAUUGACAUCUGUGCUAUCAAUCAAAAUUAAAAACUCGUUUUAUUGAUACUUAUUGUUAGUAGUUUCCGCAAUAAUAAAUAUGUCUGAAACAUGUAAUGGAAAUAAAUAAUGGUACUGCGAGUUAAAUUAUCCGAGGCGAAUGAAGAAAUAUCACGAACUAAGCAGAGCUUAUUUUACAGAGGAAUUUGUCGAGUAAAAUUCUACGAGAGGCACGCGCCUCGCAAAGGCAAGGAAGGAAGAGAUUUUUGUAUGGAAAAAGAGGUAAAGAUAUUACAUGUACGUCUACGAUGUUGCUAUCUACAAUGACACUUGUCAUGAAUAUUCCAAAACAUAUUGCAAAUAUUAUCGUGAGUUUUGCACCAUUUUCUAAUGGUUUUAAAGGCCCUGGACAAAUUCAACAGUUCGUUGAACGCACAUAACGUUCGCGUGUUAAUGUACAAUAACACGCAUGUUAAACAAGUAGAGCAACGCAAAUCGUAUACAUAAUAACAGCACAAUUGUAUUCUAUGCUAAGCGUUAUUGCUAAAAUGAGAGAGAAAGACUCGUACUUUACAUCUAACGUUGCGAGAAUUUCACGUGGCGUACUAACACACAAGCUGAAUAUUUCAUUUUCGACGUUAUUGAAACAGCUACAAAUUAACAUUAAUAUACAUAUAAAAAUGAAUGUCUAUUUACAAUAUUUGCAAUCGCAAUGAACAAUGAACAUCUUGACGUGGUUCACUAUUGUGAAUCGUCGAGGGACAAUUUUGAAAGUGGUAGAUAAUGAAAUUUACAUAUGACUAUUUAGAUUUUAAAAAAAAAGAAAUGAAACGAAAUGAGAUUCUGGUAUGUCGUGAGACGCGACUGUUUCUUGCGGGAGGAAAUAUAAGAAACAUCAAUUAAGCUUUAUAAUAACCAAUUAACGUUCAUGUAAAAUUAAAGAGGCUGAUUGCAUAUAAUAGAUUUUACGAUAGGUGUAUGAUGUUCGUACUAACCAGCGAAACAUACGGUGCAACUGUACAAGAAACAUUUUAUAAAAAUUUUAAACUCGAUCGUAUUAUGAAAUAUACCGUGUUACAAUUUGCUUGUUAGCAAUAAUUUUGCACAACUGUACUCGUAAGUUUUACUCGAACUAACUGCUGAUUCUUUACAACGUAAUCGUCGUUUCAAAAGUUUUCAGACUUUUUUUUUUUUUCUUUUUUCUUCUCUUCAUUCAUGUCGGUACAAAUGAGUAUCCAGAAAAGCGGAAAAUCGCGCGUGGAAACUUGUCAAAUUUUUAUUUUAUCUAAUUUAACGACUUUUCCUUCGAUUAACCCUCGGAUGUGAUAAACAGUAACAUUAUUUUCUAAUUUGACGAAGAUCAAAGCUAUCGAAAGCUGUAUCAAACACACUGUAAUUUCGAAAAUUACAAAAUUGAAUUUUGCCAAUGUACAUCCUUUCUUACUGAGACGUUGGAAUAUACCGCGUGAAAUUUCUUGAUUUCAUUCGUAACUUAAGCCCUAAAUGGCUUAAUCACAAUCAACCGAGGGUCGAAUCGUUAUUUAUUUUCAACAAAUUUAAUAUCGGAUACUACAAGCAGUACAAACACUUACAAUUAGAUAAACUCGCUUAACGUUCGCGUAAGGCCUAAAGAAACAGAUAUCGAUGUUACACUGAUGCAGCAUCUUUCUGUUGCUUCGAGCAUUUAGAUACUCUUAUUCACGUGAGAUGAUACUUCGUUCAAGCGCAAUAUCGCAAUUGCCAUCAUAAAAUGGCACACGUGCAAAAGAGACGAGAACACUACCAACACUAUUAACCGAGGACCAUUGCUUUUCCAUUAUUGGAGAAGCGUGCGUGAUUUGCAAUUGCAUCAAAAUCGUUUGACAUACAGAUACUUCUGUACGUUUAUAGAUUUGAUUUCAGAAAGAACUUGGAAUUAAUUUAACACAGAAAUAUUAAUUUAUAGAAAUAAAUUUUGAGAAUUUUAUAUUUAUGGGAAUAAAUUUUUUUUUUUUUCUUUUUUGAGAAGUUGAACUAUUAUAUAUACAAGGCGUCAUGUAACUGGUGAUACAAGCGGGAAGGUAAUGAUUCUACAUGAGAAUAUAGAAUAAAAUUUUUUCAUACGAAGCUUUGUUUCCGAGAAAAAUGGCUUUGAAAGUUUAUCGAGCACGCGUGCACUCGAUCCAAGAUUCAACUCAACGGAUUUCAUUAUUAUCUCUACUAACAUUUGUGAACAUUCCUAAUGUUCGUACGCGAUACGGGCCUAGAAUGUCUACUUUUCACAAAUUUUUUUUCAGUUUGAAAAUUAUUGGAAACGAUGUCCACGUUGUUGCAUGCAUAACUGUGCUCCUCUUAUUAAAUUGCUACGAACAUUUUCUAAUGUGUUAUUUUUCAGUUUCAAUGUCGCAAACGCUAUAAUAAUCUUUUCUUUUAAUUGUUCAACGUUAUUGUUCGCUAUGUCGCUAGAAUACACCAUAGAUUUAACAUGACCCCAUAAGUAAAAAUUCAACAGCGACAAGUCGACCGCGGCCGAUCCAAUAUUGGCAGUUUUCGUUUGAAAAGAAUUUCUCAAUUUCACGACUGAAAUGCGAUGGUACUCCAUCUUGUUGGUAGAUUAAAUUUCUUCGAGUUUCAAGAGGAACGUCUUCCAAUAAUUGAGUUGAAUCUUAAUCAAGUGUACGCAUACUCGACAAAAACAUUCAAAGCUACUUUUCUCGGAAACAAAGCUUUGUAUGGAAAAAUUUUGUUCCAAUUACAAUUUUUUAUUCAAUUUCUCACGUAGAAUCACCACCUUCCCAUCAGUUACAUAACACCCUAUAUGUAUAUAAAAACCAUAAUAAGUACUUUUGCAACUAACGAAAGAAUAGAGAUUAAUUGAAAAUGUUCAUUAAGUGAAUGCGAAGUUCGUCUGUGUGUCAAGGAGAUCGCAUGCGGAAAUCACGUGAUAUUGACUUUCGAUUAAUGCGCUUUGAUAAUCACUUUGAAAACACCCGGCGGAUCCGAUUUGUAGAGUUAACAAUUAAAUAAUGUAUAGGAGGUAGUAUCGACACAAGCGUGGUCAAGUGUGUCGUUGCUUCGAUGGCAAACGUGCGAAAGCACAAAAUGCACUUUACGGUUCGCAAUCGAUCGUUAAAACGUGUGUACGUAAAUUUAUGCACGCAGAUAACGAGGAGGAAUGACAUUGGACAAUGUUAACGCGACUCGUUCGAGAUCGAGGGGGGAAUUGUAUUAUUGUACGCGGCAUAGCAAAGAUAUUCAUAUAAAUGAUAGAAUUAUAUGAUAUAUUUUAGAGCGAUGCAUCAACGCAUUAGUAAUCAAUAUAGAUGCACGAUAAUAGCACGUGCAGGUAUUGCACAAUUAAUUCCGUAGGUAACAUAGAUAAACAGUCAUUGUCUUGACGUAUGACCAUUAUAUUCCUCGUUUAUGGUGGCAAAAAAAAAAAAAAAAAGAAAAAUAAACAAAAUAAAGCCUUCAUUAUGCCUAUCGACAAUUAAAUAAAGAAAGAAAUGUAAUGAAAUAUAGAGAAACGAAGACUUGAACUCGCGUGGAAACAAAUAUCACGGA